AUGUUCAUCUUGGACCCUAGAUGAUAGUCCUGUGGGUAACCAGUAGAGUACACACACAGAGUCAUGGUCUGAUUCCACGUUCACCUGCGGUGUGUGAUUACAUUACGGCAUCCCCUGAUCCAUUACAUCAUGUAAUUACCACUACAGGUGAAAGACUAAAUGCCACAGGGUCGUUCAUGGUUGACGUGUGUGGUGAACAGGUGUCCCAGGGCCAGGGGGUGAGACAGUGUCCUAAAGACUGUAGCCUCCUUCUAUGAAGCUUCACCAUGAGGUCUGAGGGCAGAGAGGUUCCCAGCAGGUCCAGCGUGCUACCCUCCAUCCUGGAUUCCUAUGCAUCACCUGCGGGCUUCAGCAAGGGAAAGAAUGAAGACAACCCGCGCAGCCGCAGAAGCGAGGUUGUGCGAGAUGACGAUGACCUCAACCGGGAAGCCAACGAAAGGCGGCAGGCCCUGUGCGAGCGACGCCAUCUAGAGUCGUACAGGAACGUACGUCGCCUCAGAGACGCCCUCUACCGGCGUUACAUGGACCUGCUCCAGAAGAAGGUCCACUCCCAGCGGCUUGAGAUGCAGAGGCGAGCAGAACAGCCCAGAUCCAAACCGGUGAAAGACAUCCAAUGGAAGAAGGAGCGGCUGGGCUUCUCCCGCCUGCAGCACGACGCCUCGUACCUGGAGGCCCUGCCCAAGACCAGCUUCUACCUGAUCCUGGAGCUGCAGAACCAGCUGGUGCAGCGGGGGGUUCUCAGGACCCGGGUGGACCUGGAGGACUUUGGGGGCCGCAUCGACUACCACCGGGGUCCUCAGUGCAUUCAGGACCACCUCCAGGAGAUCAGGCAGAAGAUGAUCCCUGAGGACCCAGUAGCAGGGUGGAUGGCCCCUGGAUCCCCCAGGUCUGAGGGGGAGAGCAGACCAGAGCACCAGCCUCUCUACCCCAGGCCUGAGGAGCAGGACAGUGUGAGUACACCAGAGUCUGGUUCCGGGGGGAGUGGAGCAGAGCCGGCCUUCAGCAGCACCCUGGAGCAGGAGGCAGAGCGAAUGUUUCCCAAGAUGAAGGUGCCACGGUUUGCGGCUCUGCAGCCCGGCUUCGGGGUGAACCUGGAGAGCAAGGUGGUUGAAGUGCUGAGGUUUCCGGACAUCCCGAAGAAGAGCAGGAAGGCGGCGAUGCACCAGAGACACCUGAGACACAUGUAUGACGCCUCCCUCACCAACAUGGCCGUCUCAAGGAGACUGCUGGACGGGGAGAGAGACACUCUGGGCAGGCCGGAGGCGGCCGCCAGCCAGGAACCGGUUCAGAGUGUGUCUUCCAGAGGCUCCACUCAGGAGAAGACCGAGAGCAGCAGGGCAUCGGGCCAGCCCUGCCUGUUCCUCCUCACGUCUCUACCUUCACCCAGCGCUCAGAGCCGUCCAAUCCGCUCGCCCCGAGAGAAAAGCAGAAUGUCCUCUCAAAGAAUACACAGGUUUAAAACAAGGGACCCUCUGUCCUUGGAGGAUGUGUGCCGACAAAGAGACGUGCAGAUAAUCAACCAUGUGGAGAAGCUUUGGAGUAACUAUAUAGGAAACAGUUACUGAAGAUUACAAUAUAUAUUAAGCGAUAGAACAUUUCAAAUGACAGAUUAUUGUGUCUAAGGAAUGCAUUUCCUGUCAUCUUCCGCUCAGUUUGCAUUUGUGUGGAAUAGUAUAUAACACUUCAAUAUAACACUUUUUGUCAAUGUAUAACAAUGUAUAGUAUCAUAUAGGCCCAAUUUAAAG